AUGUCGCAUUCUCGGCAACCGAACAAGGCUGGUGUCACGAUCUCCACCAAGAUCAACACCAAUGGGACCUUCUCCGCCAGUAAGACCCUAUACGACGACGUUUAUGGUGGUCCUCCCAAGUUCGGCGUUUCAACCCUCUCCCCUCGUUUCGAAGACUACGGCGAGAUUUUCGGAAGCUUCCACACCGCGCGCGCCUCCUCCAUUCCGCUGCUCGAUCUUCCCGCCGUCCCCGAUGCCGAGGCCAUCUUCGAUCCCCGAAGCCACUCUUUCAACUACACCGAAGUUUUCGGUGCCUUGGAUUUUGAGCUGCCUUCCGACAACUUGUUUCACCGCCACACUGCUCUCGACGCUGCCUCCUCCGAAGAAGCCUGGUAA